UGGUCACACUUAGUUUCUGCUAAACAAAAAGGAAAAGUAACAAUUUAUUGAAUCGCCAAACGAUAGCGGUGAAUUCUUGUGUGUGCCACGUCUAAAAAAUAUACAACAUAUUAAAAGCAUAACUGCCUUCAAGCUGUUUAAUUUACCGCAAAUCUACAAGCAUACGACAGCGGACUCGACGCGUCCAACCAGCAGCAGUAGCAAGAUGACCGUGCACGAAUUCAAAGUGGAAAUGACCUGCGGCGGCUGCGCCAGCUCUGUGGAGAAGGUCUUGGGCAAGUUGGGCGAUAAGGUGGAAAAAGUGAAUGUUAAUCUGGACGACAAAACCGUAACUGUUACUUCAAACUUAUCGGCCGACGAACUUCUGGAACAGCUGCGCAAAUCCGGCAAAGCGGUUUCGUAUGUUGGUGUGAAGAAAUGAGAUGAGUUUUUCAGCAAGUUUCAGAAGUACGGCAAACUGAAGCUUGAAGUCUAAUCAAAGAAUUCCCGCUACAUCAUCAGGGGAUUCACUCAUUUGUCGUGGCUGUUGAUCUACAUACUACAUUAACAAAAUGAUUCAUUCAAAAGAAACGGCGUGAUGCAUAUAUAGUGGUUCAAUGAAAAUUGUUUUCAAAAAAUAUUAGCCUUAACCAAAAUUAUGAUAUAGUAUACACGAGGAACUUAUCUACACCUUAGCUCUUGCCCAAAUUUUUAAGUAGUGCGAUAUUAAACAAUUUACUUAGAAUAUUUAAAGUGUUAUACAAAAAUUAAUAUAUAGAGUCAGAAUUUCAAAUUCAAUUUGUUUAACAACGUAAGUAGAGAAAUGAAUUUAAUCAAA